UCUGGGAGUUGAAGUCCACGAGCCAUAAAAGAGACAAGGUGGCCUACCCCUGCCCUAGAUGAACACCAAGAUUAACAACAAUACCACAUUCAAGGAACUGCCAAACAAGCUCACAUUAAACAGCAUAACCAAAGAGCCUCUUACACCAUCCCCAUCAACAUUGACCAGGCAAGACACUAGAAUAUAAAUUGAGAGCAAACCUCACUCCCUUGUAGCACUGAUGAUGUUCCCUAGCUGGGUCAUGAAACGUCUGCAAGAAAACAACCCAGCUCUGAGAACACCAAGGACCCCACUAUCGUCGUUGUCGUCGUCGUCGUCGUCCUCCUCCUCCUCCUCCUCCUCCUCCUCUUCCUUUCCAAACCCCUAUGAAUAUUCUCCUUUAUCGCCAUUCCCUAUUUAUAACAACUGAAAAAAGGAAGUCUACUCACCUAUCAGGAGCUCUGUGUAGCUUCUAACGUUGUCACUAUUCACAUCUGGGGUUUGGGCAGCAAAGCACUUCCAACUGACAAGCGUGCGCCGGCUUUUUUUUCCCCCGGACUUCAAGCAUUGCUCUCAUCUCCGUCCUUUCAUUUUCAACUUCUCCAGACCACCGAUGAACGGAAGAGUCCCGCUCUUCGAAAGAUUAGAGAAACUAUUCCUUCCGUGGCCGUGCAGAGCGAGUCCUACUAACCGCGGAUUUCAGGAAUUUGAAUUUUCCCAUCCAGCGUCUUCCCUUCCUCAAGAUGACCAAGACCAAGAGCACGCUUGAAAAAGAAAAUUCAAGGAAAUAAAAUUAGAAUGAUGACCUCCCAAGGUCCCUUCCAACUUUAUUAUUAUUAUUAUUAUUAUUAUUAUUAUUAUUAUUAUUAUUAUUAUUAUCUUUUUCUCAAAAUUCAUAAAAGUUCACGAGGAAUGGAGACGCCGCAACGGUAGUCCUCGGCUUAUGAUGGUUCGCUUAGGGGCCAAACGUACAAAGAGCACUGAAAAAAGUGUUCCUCACACUUACGACUGUUUCUGCAUCCCCGCGGGGUCACGUGAUCAAAAUUGAGACGCUCGGCAACUGGUUCAUGUUUACGACCGUUGCUGGGUCCCGGGGGGGUGUCACGUGAUCCCCUUUUGCGACCUUCUGGCGAGCAAAGUUAACGGGGGAAACCGGAUUCAUUUAACGACUGUGUGGCUAACUUCACAACUGCGGUGAUUGCCUUAACAACUGUGGCAUAAAACAGAUCAAAAUUCACUUAACAACUGUCUCACUUAGCAGUGGAAAUUUUGGGCUCAUUUGCGGGUCGUAAGUAGAGGACUACCUGUCUAUAAAAUAUAACGCCCUUGUCGACUUAAAAAAAGGUGUUGAUGACUAAUGGACAAAUGCUCUUUUGUUUUGAGGAAGCCAAGCUGGAGAACGAAAUUCCUGCCAGCGUGAAAGCCGGCUGGGUGAUCUUGGGCCUGCCCCAUUCUCUCAGCCCAGCCCGCCUCGCAGAGCUGUUGUGGUGGGGGAAAUAGAAGGAGGAAGGCUCGAGGCAGCUUCCUGGCUAUUUCCCCUAAUUUUGCCCUCACAACAAUCCUGUGAGGUAGGAAGGGGACUAUAAAUUACCCAGAAGGCUCUGCAGCUUUGCCUCCUUUCCUGUCUACUGGGAGAUGCAUGCAGCUGUCAUUGGAAGCCAGGGAAGAGGUUUCGUCCGCACAUUUUCGACAUACCUUUACUCAGAAGUAAUAGAACCCCUGCAGCUGGAAACAAAUUCUCAUUACAACAGCAAGGCAUAUUUGAGUUACAUGAUUAAGAUGGAAGGGCAAUACAAAAUUGUGCAUCUGAAACAACAAUUCUUUGUCAGGGAAAAUAUGCCAGUUUAUACUUAUAAUGUGAAGGGAGAGCUGGUUGCAGAACAUCCAUAUAUUCAGGACAAUUGCUAUUACAGCGGCUAUGUGGAUGGAGUGCCAGAUUCUCAAGUCGUCCUCUCCACCUGCAGUGGACUUUGGGGACAUAUACAAUUUGGCUCCUUAACCUACGAAAUUCAGCCGGUUGAAAAUUCCUCCACGUUCCUACACUUCAUUUACCGACGGGGUCCGCAGCCGCAAGGACCCUGCGUGGGAAUCGCCGAAGAUGGCGCAGGCGGGCCAGGUAGAGAGGUGAGAAUGGUGAGGGCUGAAGAAGAUCCAGAUGUUUCCUCCAGGCAGCAAGCUGACCUCAACCGGACAGUCAACCGAUACCUAGAAUAUUAUGCCGUUGCCGACAAAAGCACGUUUCUCCUCUACGGUGGUAAUGAAACCGCUUUGGUGUCGGUAGUGUUCCAUAUGAUGCACCACGUUUACACCAUAUUCCUCCCGCUGGGUCUCCACGUUUAUCUGGUUGGCAUGGAGAUCUGGACGGACAAAAAUUAUGUGACCCUCCAUCCUCACGAGCUGUCUAUGAACUUGAACGCCUUUUAUGAGUACGUCCGGUACAAACUCCGGCACCACGAGCAUUUUGACCACGCUGGUUUAAUGACGGCAACCGGGAAUCUUCCGGGACUUUCAUGGGGAGAACAAUUUUGUCAUCCCUCUCAUGUGUCCGUGAGCAUCGUCCAGAUCCGUAAAAAGCCUCGAUUUGACGCCGAAACCAUCGCCCACCAGCUGGGUCAUUCUCUCGGCUUCACGCACGAUGAUGCACCCACAAAUUUAGCCAGAAAAUGCGACUGCAACUGCACAGUGUUUGGCAGCUGUUUGAUGCUGACUUCGGGCACAGCGAACUGCUCCAGACUGAGUAACUGCAGCAGGCUGGAAUAUUUGAAAGUGAUCCAAAAACCUGAAAAAACUUGUUUGCUGGACAAACCUGCCCAGGUGUUUAUCAUGAAGGAGUGUGGAAACGGUGUCAUCGAUGACGAGGAUGAAGAGUGCGACUGCGGAAUUGAAGAGGACAUAGAAGGAACCUGGAUCCAGAGCAUUUUUCUGAAACAAAGUGGAAAACAACGACAACUUCACUGGAUGCAAAGAAUUGGUGAUCGUUUUUUAUUUCCUCACCACCUACAGCCUAAAACCAUCACUGAAGAAGGUACAUCAGCCAUCAGACUUGUACUCAUGAAUGAAAAAUACCCCAGCCUCAAAGGACCAAGUGAAUGCCGGAAGAACGAGUGUUGCCGCAAGGACUGCAAAUUCAGAAAAGACAUCGACUGCCUGUACGGGCUCUGCUGUGAGAAGUGUAAGUUUUCCGAAACGGGAACCAGGUGCAGAGAAGCCGCUUCGGAGUGCGACCUCCCGGACUUCUGCAACGGGACCUCCUACGACUGUCCGACGGAUGUCUACAAGCAAGACGGGACCCCGUGUGGCAACCACAACCAUUGUUUCCUGGGACGUUGCCUGGAUCUCCACACACACUGCAAGGCUCUUUUUGGGCCAGAUGCGCGGGAAGCCCCCCUGAGCUGCUUCAAGGAGAUGAACACGCGGGGAGACCGUUUCGGCAACUGCGGCAAGGACGGCUCCGUCUAUCGGAAGUGCCUUGAGAAGGAUGUCCUCUGCGGAAGAGUGCAGUGUGUCAACGUGGGCAAAAUCUCGAGGGUCGCGACGAGACAAGACGUGCUGCAGACCCCGGUGGAGGGCGCCACGUGCUGGGGGACCGGAUUUGACCUCGGGGAGGACGUCUAUGACCUGGGAGCAGUGCAAGAUGGGACCAGCUGCGGCCCCGACAAGAUCUGCUUAAAUAGAUCGUGCGUGGACGUGGCUGUGCUGGAUUUCGACUGCGAUCCAUCCGUCUGUAGAAGCCGAGGGGUCUGCAACAGCAACCGGAACUGCCAUUGCUCUUAUGGAUGGGCCCCUCCCUUGUGCACCGAUCCAGGGUUUGGGGGGAGCAUUGACAGUGGGCCCCCUCCCCCCUACCAGCUGCCCACCAUCGUCCUCGUCGGACUGUUCACCCUGACCGGGCUGGUCGUCCUGGUGGCGGGGGUCUUCAUCUCGCGUCACGUGGACGUCUUCUUUAAACUGAUGGCAGCCAUUCCCAAACGACGCCCCCAAAAAUCAGCCAGUAAAAGAGCCCUAAGAGUCAAAUCCUCAAAGAGCGGCAUGAGGCGGUCGCGUAGCGGUUUGAGAAGCACUUCCUCCGUCAGGCUCAAAAAGUCCAGAAGUACCGUUUCAGUCCAAAAUCAAAGAAGUACCCCAUACGUGAAAAGCCCCGAAUUAAAAAGCGCCAUAUCCACCUCCAGAGCCGGGAAAUCCAGAUUAGAUGUCACUUUUGCCACCUAG